AUUAACCCAUGGCUUUUUUAUGUGUAAGAAAUGCUAAUCAGAUUCAAUGAAUAUGAGCUCCACCCAGUUGCAUUCUGACAUAAAAUACUGAGGCACAGUAGAAACCUUCCAGAUUAACACCAGACAGCAUUCGCAAGCUGAACUCGACUGCAGGAGUAAAGCUUCCAUUCGCCUUCAAUAUUAUUUGAGGUUUAAGCAGAUACUUUUCGUCAACAUCGAAUGUCUUCAAUCACAAUGAAUGACAGUGACUUUGUGGAGGCACAGGAUGUGCCAAGAGAUGAGAGUCUGGCCAAGGUGGAGAUCGCGCUGCUCAGUGUCGUCUUCGUGAGCGCCGCCGUCCUCAACACCAGCCUGCUGCUCGUCCUGUGGAAACAGCGCAAACAGAUGUCCAGAAUGCGCGUCUUCGUGUUCCACCUGUGCCUGGCGGACCUGGUGGUCACUUUCUUCCAGGUGUGUCCGCAGCUUUUGUGGGACAUCACAGACAGGUUCGUCGGACCGGACUUGGUGUGCCGACUUGUGAAAUAUUUGCAAGUUCUCGGCAUGUUUUCAUCAACCUACAUGAUCGUGGUGAUGACAGUUGACAGGUACCAGGCUAUCUGCAACCCGAUGGUAAAGUUUCAACGGACACGCACGAGACUAAAUGUCCCCGUGUGCGUUGCGUGGGGGAUUUCUCUGCUGGGCAGCUUGCCUCAGGUCUUCAUUUUCUCACAGGUGGAGGUUACACCGGGUGUGUUUGAUUGCUGGGCUACAUUUAUCCAGCCAUGGGGGCUGCAGACUUACAUCACCUGGACCACGCUGGUCAUUUUUGUUUUACCCGUUAUCACAGUUGUUGUUUGCCAAGUCCGCAUCUGCCGAGCCAUCCAGAUCAACAUCUACCAAAAGACUCAGCAGAAAGGAACGGUGGGUUUGCCAUCCAGAGCCAGCGGUGUGGCUGGCAUGUCGAAGGCUAGAGUGAAAACACUGAAGAUGACGGUGGUCAUAGUACUCGCUUAUAUUGUCUGCUGGGCUCCGUUUUUCACUGUCCAGCUGUGGUCCGCGUGGGACAAGCAGGCGCCUAAAGAAACUGCUACUUUCACCAUCCUGAUGUUGCUUGCCAGCCUGAACAGCUGCGCGAAUCCCUGCAUUUACCUUUUGUUCAGCGGUCAGGUUCCCAAGAGGCUGGUGUCGCUCCUGUGCAGGAGGCAUUCAGGCGGAAAGGACUCAGUGCACGAGGAAGCGACGCUGGUCAGCACUUUGUAUCUAAGCUUAAAAAAUCCCCCCGAGUCCAAGUGAAGGUAGCGCAUUACUUAAAAUGGGAAACUCCUGCAGGGCAAACCGUGCAAAGUCUGCGCGCCUGGAUAUGCUGCCUCUCUGAAUUUUAGCAACCGUUUCAAAGGAUGAAGGCAACGCAUGCUGUAUGUUAUCUGGCACAUAAAAAGAUAUAGUGUGUAGUAAAAAGCAGCCAACAAAGGCGAGAGAGUGAGAACAACAUGCUGUUGGAUAACAGCAUCUGGAGAGACUAAACAACUGGUGUGGAUCAUCAAGCUGUUUGGAUAAAUCUUUUUUCUUUGAGAAAUAGAAUAUUCAUCCCAUUUAGUGGUACCUGAAUGAGCCAGUCUUUUCAGCCAGAUUGGAUUCAGCUGUAUAGUGUUUUGCAUACUGCCAUAUAUAGAAACAUUCCUUGAGUUGAUUUCACCAAUCUAAAGUAAAUAAAAUCUAUUCAUAGCUUUCCAAACGAAAGAUUAAAAGCAAGCAUAUGUGUUUCACUGAUGUAACAGAGAGGAAAUAGAGGCACACUUUAUGUUGGAACAAACUGUAUUUAAAGAUUGUGAAAUAUGUUUGUCAGCCCUUUAAAUGUUUCUAUGGUGAAAACCUACUCACUGUUCACAAAAUCACACGCCAGGUGCUUGUAUUUUGUAAAAUACUGUUCAUGCCAUGAACAACUUUGUUUAUUUAUGGAAUAAAAUGUUGUCACAAACGUGUUGCACUGCUGUUGUAUACAUAACACAUGAGGUAGCCUUUGUAAUCCUAAACAUUUACAAAUGAUACAGAUCGUAUUUAUGGCACUAAUAUUUAGAUAUAAGUCCAUGCGGUCCCACCUAAUGUUAAUGUGUUUUAAAACAAGGAUUGAAUUGUCUACAUUGUCAACAUAUCUUUCCACAAAUAUUACAGCUGGAAGAAUGUAAUCAAAAGACAAACAGACAGAUGGACAACCCUGCACUACGUCAUGCAACAUCUGCAGGUCAUCAGAGUGAAAAACCUUCUUUGAAAGAGCAGCACGCCAAAGGGAGACAUAGAAUGAGAAACAUAUGAAGCUCGGAACGUGGCCAGUUCAUUGUCCAAGUCAGUCAGUAAUUUUGAUCAGGACUUCAGGUCAAACUAGAAAAUUAGUCAUCAGCAACAACAAUUAGUUUCAGUGAUUACUAUGACAAAUGAGAAACCACAAUGAAGGCAUAUCCAACGUGUGCUACUUAUAUGACAGUGGAAAAAAGAGCAUUGGUACUGAGCUGAAAAGUUUUGUUGGUUGCUUUGUAACUAUGGGAGCUGCAAUGGUCUAAAUUUCAUUUGAGGAUCUUAAAAUAAAAUAACUGAACACUUUGACCUUCACAGCAGUGCUUCAGGUUUCACUGGAGUCCACAGGGACCUGCAGUAACAUAAUUUUAUUUUCCCUCCUAAAUGUGUUUUUUGGGAUAUUAUAAAGAAAGAGGCAUUACAGCAGACACUAACUGGUGGCAGUUACUCGUGCACAUGCUCACCUGAGCACUGAGGCAAUCCGACAGCUUACGUUGGGAGUCUAUCCAAUUUUCUCUGGUAAAUUUUUAUGUGCUAACUUGUACCUCUGCAUAAAUUUACAACAAAAAGUAUUUUAUUUAUAUAUCGAAAAACAUACAAUAUAGGCAUAAUGCUUCAACACACUGGUUUUCUUUCAAUAUUAUCACCAAUGUUUCAACACAACCCAGAAAUGAU